GAGAGACCGUCUCCUUCGGCUACUCUGCCGAUCUGAUCCUCAACCACUAUGGCGUUCUCUUCUUCUUCUCACGCCGGCAAUUCCAACAUCCGUCGUGGAGUCGCCGCCGGUUGGACCCGCUCUCUCCUCCCUUUCACAUCCUCAAACACCAAAUCCGCUAAACACAUUCGUAAAUCUCGCAAGCGCACUGCCCUCAAAGACUUCAUAUUCGCCAAUUUCUUCAUCAUCGGACUCGCCGCAUCCAUCAUCUUCUUCCUUUUUGUUGUCUAUCGUUACGGAGUUCCAAGACCUAUCUCCUCACAAUUCCGUAUCGGCAACUCGCGUGUCUUCAAGUCACGUAAGCCGGUUUAUCGGAAAACCACGUCGUCUAGGUUUUUAUCGUCAAAUCACUCUAAUUUAUCUUUGGGAGCUGCUGCCGUGGAUUUAACCACCAAGGAUUUGUAUGAUAAGAUCGAAUUCAAGGACGUAGAUGGUGGACCCUGGACGCAGGGGUGGAGGGUUUCGUAUAAAGGGAACGAAUGGGAUACCGAGAAAUUGAAAGUAUUUGUCGUACCGCAUUCACAUAAUGAUCCUGGUUGGAAGCUUACUGUUGAGGAGUACUAUGAUCGACAGUCUAAGCAUAUUCUCGACACUGUUGUUGAAACUCUUUCGAAGGAUGAACGGAGGAAGUUUAUCUGGGAAGAGAUGUCUUACCUAGAGAGAUGGUGGAGGGAUGCAUCAGAUGCUAAAAGAGAAUCUUUCACCAACUUACUGCAGAAUGGGCAGUUAGAAAUUGUUGGUGGUGGCUGGGUUAUGAAUGAUGAGGCCAAUUCACAUUACUUUGCGAUCAUUGAACAGAUGAUGGAGGGAAAUAUGUGGUUAAAUGAAACUGUUGGCGUGAUCCCAAAAAAUUCUUGGGCAAUAGAUCCCUUUGGCUAUUCAUCUACUAUGGCAUAUCUUCUUCGACGUAUGGGUUUCGAGAACAUGCUUAUACAGAGGACUCAUUACGAAAUGAAGAAAGAACUUGCUUUGCAUAAGAAUUUGGAAUACAUAUGGAGGCAGAGUUGGGAUACUUAUGAAACGACUGAUAUCUUUGUCCACAUGAUGCCAUUUUAUUCUUAUGAUGUUCCACAUACUUGUGGGCCUGAGCCUGCCGUAUGUUGCCAGUUUGAUUUUGCAAGGAUGCAUGGAUUUAUGUACGAGCGUUGCCCCUGGGGAAAGCAUCCAGAAGAGACGAACCAGGAAAAUGUGAAGGAGAGAGCCCUUAAACUUCUGGAUCAAUACAAGAAGAAAUCAACCCUCUAUCGGACCAAUACCCUUCUGAUUCCCCUGGGAGAUGAUUUCCGUUACAUCAGCAUUGAUGAAGCCGAAGCUCAAUUUAGGAAUUAUCAAAUGUUAUUUGAUUAUAUAAAUUCAACUCCAGACUUAAAUACCGAGGCAAAGUUUGGAACGUUAGAGGAUUAUUUUCGAACUCUAAGAGAGGAAGCCGAAAGAAUAAAUUAUUCGCAUCCUGGUGAAAUAGGUUCUGGUCAGAUUGGAGGGUUUCCUUCUUUAUCAGGUGACUUCUUUACUUAUGCCGAUAGACAGCAAGAUUACUGGAGUGGGUAUUAUGUAUCUAGGCCUUUCUUCAAGGCCGUUGAUCGAGUUCUUGAGCAAACUCUUCGGGCCACAGAAAUGACAAUGGUCUUCUUGCUAGGCUACUGCCAGAGAGCUCAGUGUGAAAAAUUGCCUACUGGUUUCUCGCAUAAGUUAACAGCCGCAAGAAGGAACUUGGCUCUGUUUCAGCAUCAUGACGGUGUGACCGGCACCGCUAAAGAUCAUGUGGUUCAGGAUUACGGUAUGCGUAUGCAUACUUCUCUACAAGACCUUCAGAUCUUUAUGUCUAAAGCCAUUGAGGUACUCUUAGGGAUCCAUCAUGACAAAAAUAACCAGAACCCAUCGCAGUUUGAGCCAGCACAGGUGAGGUCCAAAUACGAUGCACAGCCGGUGCACCAAGCGAUUAGUGCUAAUCAGGGAACAGUGCAAUCAGUGGUCCUCUUUAAUCCUCUUGAGCAAACAAGAAAUGAGGUCAUGAUGUUCAUUGUCGAGAGGCCUGAUGUAACCAUUUUAGAUUCCAACUGGACAUGCGUUAAAAGCCAAAUAUCCCCAGAGUUGCAGCACAGCAAAAUGAAGAUGUUCACUGGAAGGCAUAGAGUAUUCUGGAAAGCAUCUGUCCCUGCCAUGGGAUUGCAGACUUAUUAUAUUGCUAAUGGUUUUGUGGGAUGUGAAAAGGCCAAACCAGCAAAGUUGAAAAUUUCCUCAAAUGCUAACAGUUUGCCUUGUCUUGCUCCAUAUAGUUGCUCAAAGCUGGAAGGUGAUUCCGUCCAGAUUAGAAAUCGGCAUCAAGCUCUUACUUUCAAUGCCAAAUUUGGUUUAUUACAGAAAGUAACCCAAAUCAAAGGUGCUCAGAAUGUUAUUGAUGAAGAGUUGGCUAUGUACUCUAGUCCAGAGAGUGGGGCCUACCUUUUUAAGCCGAAUGGUGAUGCCAAAACGAUCACCCAGGCUGGCGGUGAAAUGGUGAUUUCUGAGGGGUUUCUGAUGCAGGAAGUUUUCUCACAUCCAAAAACAGGUUGGAACAAGUCCCCGGUCUCUCACAGCACCCGCAUCUAUAACUACGAGGGUUCGGUGCAGGAACUUUUGAUCGAGAAAGAAUAUCAUGUGGAGCUUAUUGGGGGUGAGUUCAAUGACCGAGAAUUGGUUGUUAGAUAUAAGACGGACAUUGAUAACAAGAGGAUCUUUUAUUCAGAUUUGAAUGGCUUUCAGAUGAGUCGUAGAGAAACUUAUGAUAAGAUUCCUCUGCAGGGAAAUUACUACCCAAUGCCCUCCCUUGCUUUCAUGCAAGAAUCUAAAGGACGUCGGUUUUCUGUACACACCAGGCAGUCACUGGCUGUGGCUAGCCCUAAUAACGGAUGGUUCGAGAUCAUGCUGGAUCGACGGUUGACAAGAGACGAUGGCCGUGGUCUCGGUCAAGGAGUGAUGGAUAACCAUCCCAUGAACAUAGUUUUCCAUAUCAUUUUUGAAUCUAGCAUAUCCCCAGUUCCCGAUCCUAUUUCGCACCCGCAUCCCCUAAGUCCAUCUCUUUUCUCUCACCGUGUCGGGGCCCACUUGAACUAUCCCUUGCACGCUUUCAUCGCCAAGAAAUCACAAGAAAUAUCUGUUCAACCUCCCCCACGAUCUUUCUCACCUUUGACUGCUCCGUUUCCCUGCGAUUUGCACAUUGUAAGCUUGAAGGUUCCAAGGCCCUUGAAAUACACACAGCAGAGUGUCGAAGAGCCGAGGGUAGUUCUGAUAUUGCAGAGAAGACACUGGGAUUCAUCUUACUGUUGGAAAGGGAAGUCGGAUUGUUCAAGGAUAGACGAUGAACCAUUGAAUCUGUUGAAUAUAUUUCAAGGUCUUGAUGUUUUGAAUGCAAAAGCAACUUCUUUAAAUCUUUUGCAUGAUGAUACAGAGAUGCUUGGAUAUGGUGAACAGUCCACAGAUGUUGGUCAAGGAAGGGUCCUUAUUUCACCUAUGGAAUUGCAGGCUUACAAAUUCGACUUACGGCCUCAUCAGUGAUCUCUUUAACGCUGGAGCUAAUAUGGCAUUGAGUAUUGCAUCGAUUUUGCCGGUGACUGAAAAAUGAGGUGCUGUUUGAUGGAAGUAUACGAAGGGUAAGCAUAUUCUUUGGUGAGGAUCUGGAAACGAUUGGAUCGAAGAGUUUGUCAGUUGGAAGGUUGGUAAGGUGGUGUGUUUUGAUAGUUAAAAUUGUGAUGGUAGAUAGGAGAAGAGAUGAGGAGGUGUUAGGUUUUUGAUUUUGUUGUUUUUAUGUGAAACUAUUGGUGUUGUUUUGUACACUUUUUAACAUAUCAUACGAUACGAUAAUAGAAGGAUUGUUUAGAUGAUCA